AUGAACCUAUUAGGCGAAGAGAUUAACUUGAUAUGGGUCUUACUAGGAUUGCUCUCCGUAUUCAUUAUAUCCUUUGGUGGCUUGGUCAAUUAUUGGGCUACCUUCUUGCCCAAGUUCGUCCAUGAUGUGUUUCGUUACGGCAAAACGCACAAGUCAGACAACCGGCAUGGCUUAAUUCGAAUGAUCGAGAUCCCCAAGCACUAUUACUCCCAUUACUACAUCUUCACCCUUCUUUAUGGGUCCGCCUUGUGGUUGGUAGCUUUGGGCGUCUACUUCCUGGAGGUCCCGGCCCCUCAGUUCUUUCUGAGGUUUCUGGAUUUUGUGGGAACAAUUCAUCGGACGGAAUCAACCUCGGCCGAGGGUGCCUUCAUAGCUCUGACCUUACUUCUAGUUCAAGCCACUCGAAGACUAUAUGAGUGCCUCCACGUGAAUGUUAAAUCCAACGCACGGAUGAAUGUCCUUCAUCACAUUGCGGGAUUUGUUCAUUACUUCUGUGUCCCCACAGGUAUGCUCCUCGAAGCCCCCGGUUUCCAACAGGAGAAAAGAGGCUUCCAAUGGAUGCAUGUGCAAUUUAUGAUUCCAAAUGUCAUUGUGGUUCAGUGGAUAGCUGUGGCAGUGUUUUUCUGGGCUGGAUAUCAUCAAAAUAAGGCUCAUCAAAUUUUGUCUAACCUGAGGAAAGGCAAGAGCUCGUCCAGUUACUCCAUUCCCCGAGGUGAUUGGUUCGAGUAUGUGUCUUGCCCACACUAUACGGCCGAAGUGAUUAUCUACGGAUGUUUUAGUAUUAUUUUGGGAAUCAAGCACCAAACAGGCUUGCUAAUAUUUAUUUGGGUUCUCAUUAAUCAGACCAUUGCCAGCCUUAUGAGCCAUUUUUGGUAUCAGGACAAGUUUGAAAAUUAUCCCAGGCAACGCAAAUCAAUCAUUCCGCUCAUCUUCUAACAGGUGUCCACAUUUGAGUAAAACGAAAGUGAAUACUCUUCCUCCAAACAUUUGAAACAUGAAAUCAUGCCUUAUCGUCUCGCAGCUGAUCCUGUUCAACCCUUUGUCACCAAGAUGUCCUUGAUGUCUUUAGCGGCCCUUUAUGCAAUACUGAUUUUCUUAUUUAUACAUAGUAAUGAAAUACAUCAAUUAUUGUCUCUAUGCAA